CUGAAGUGGCUGCGCCGCCGCUAGCCAGGGGCCCUCGCGAGGGGAGGAGGAAGGGAGAGUCCGAGCCUGCUGCGCCCGCCUCUCCCUCGCUUGGGUGUGUACAAGAGGAGCCAGCAGUAAUCAUCGCCCGGAAGAAGGGGUCGGAUCUGGACCCCUCGAGUUACUUUCCAGGAGCAGUUGUCGGGCCGUCUAGGGAGGCGAAUCUCUUUAAGGAGCUAACAAUCCAGAUUAUGCAGUAAAAAUCUGCCUGUGAGUCCCACAUGCAGUUUGACAACAUAAGGCCAGCUGCUGUUCCUGCUGCUGCCCCGUUUGCUGCGGAGGGAAGCGCUCUUCAUUUCCACCGGCUGCGGCGGUUUCGUUUACCUACCCGUGGGGCAGUCUUGCCAUGUGGGGCUAGGAUUCUCCGCAGUAUUAAGCAGUAAAUAUGGAGGCUGCUUGCAAGCCAGAUGGCGGGGAUCAGAGUCAUCCCAGCAGCGGCGUGGAGGCUCCUGGGGACUCUUCUUUGGACAGUUACUUGCGAUCUCAGGGUUUAUAUAGAAAGCGGGUUGCUAAGGAUGGAUCCUGUCUUUUCAGGGCUGUGGCCGAGCAGGUGUUGUACUCACAGUCUCGGCAUAUUGAUGUUAGGAAUGCCUGUAUAAAUUAUAUUCGGAAAAACAGAGAAAAAUUUGAAGCGUUUAUAGAGGGGCCAUUUGAAGAGUAUUUAAAAUGUUUAGAAAACCCACAGGAGUGGGUUGGACAAGUGGAAAUAAGUGCCCUUUCUCUUAUGUACAAGAAGGAUUUUAUAAUAUAUCAGGAACCAAAUGCUUCUCCUUCACGUGUAACUGAAAAUGGCUUUCCUGACAAGGUACUACUGUGUUUUUCAAAUGGAAAUCACUAUGAUAUUGUUUAUCCUAUAGAGUAUAUAGAAAGAGCUGCUUUGUGCCAAUCUCUUCUUUAUGAAUUGCUGUAUGAAAAAGUGUUAUGUACUGAUGUGAAUAAAAUCCUAGUGGAACUAGGUGUGACAGAGGAAAAUAAUGGUAGCAGUGAAGUGUCUGAUUCAGAUUCAGAAGACGACAACUGCAAGUAA